AUGUCGACGUCCAAAACCAUCACCCUCUUAAACCCUAAAGACUGGGAUCCGUGGAUAUUUGGCGUCAAAUCCGUUGCUACCAGCAAUGGAAUCAGUGUUUGGAAUCUUUUAGAUCCUUCACUUGCAACCCAACCAAUCAUGCCUGUUCGUCCGGAAGAGCCGACGAUACAGAGUAUUAACCCAAACGCUACUCAUCGAGCUGAUCUAACAGCAGAUGAAAGAGCAGACCUACGCUUCGACAUCUUACGAUAUGACAGCAAAAUCAAGGAGCUCGACAAAAGAGAUGCCCUGAUUCACGAAGUCCGCAAGCAUAUCGAAGGCACUAUACACAUCAAACACAUCGUUCUUAUCAAAAACCUCACGUCUACCUACGACAUCUUGAGGGCUUUGAAAAAGAGGCUAGCACCAACCGACGAAGCAAGACAGAAUGAAGUUAUUAGAGACUACGCCAAGCUCAAACAGUGGAACAAAAGCCAGAAACCUGAAGAUAUACUGUCCCAGUGGGAAGCUGUAUAUGCUGAAGCCAGGGCUCUUGACCUUCCAGAAGUGAGUGGCGACAGAGCUCAAAAGGACUUUAUUCAAGCAAUCCGCGCUAUCGACGAUUCAUAUGCUACAGCACUUGAAGUCAACAUUGAACAAAAAGAAUUAGACGGCGGUAAAAUACCAGAAUUAUACGACCUAAUUGAGCGAUUCCGCAACCACGUUCGUAAGCAAGACUCUCUCAAGGGACUCAAGUCUACACACGCUUCUUUUUCAACCACAGAACAGCAAGAGCCACGACAGCAAUCCUUUAAAGGAAGAGCACUUACAACACCAUCACAAGCCUGUCCGUACGAAUGCUACUGUGGAGAAGGAAAGCACUGGUUCAGAGACUGUUUUUACAUCAACAAGAAGAUUAGGACACAAACCUGGACUGGAAAAUACGACAUCUUUGUCAAGAUCAACGAGUCUCUCAAUAAUCCACAACGAACGAGGACAAAAGAGCACCUGAAAAGGAACUUUGAGUACGACUCUGACGCACCUAUUCCAAAAGGAGCUGUUAAUACAAAAGCUCACGGCGACUUCGCCACUUCAUAUAAGUCCAGUUUUAGCACGUCAGCAGACCAGAAUAG